AUGGGAGUUACUAUAGGAGUUACUAUAGGAGUUACUAUAGGAGUUACUAUAGGAGUUACUAUAAGAGGUACUAUAGGAGUUACUAUAGGAGUUACUAUAAGAGUUGCUAGAGGAGUUACUAUAGGAGUUACUAUAGGAGUUACUAUAGGAGUUACUAUAAGAGGUACUAUAGGAGUUACUAUAGGAGUUACUAUAAGAGUUGCUAGAGGAGUUACUAUAGGAGUUACUAUAGGAGUUACUAUAGGAGUUACUAUAGAAGUUACUAUAGGAGUUACUAUAGGAGUUACUAUAGGAGUUACUAUAGGAGUUACUAUAGGAGUUACUAUAGGAGUUACUAUAGGAAUUACUAUAGGAGUUACUUUAGGAUUUACUUUAGGAGUUACUUUAGGAAUUAAUAUAGGAAUUGAUUUAAGAAUUAAUUUAGGAAUAUAG